AUGGAUGACGAUCACGAACAGUUGGUCGAAGAACUGGAGGCCGUCGAGGCCAUCUACCCGGACCUUCUCUCCAAGAAGCAGGAAGACGGAAGUAUCAUCGUUGUUAAAGUCCCGCAGCACGAGUAUAUGACACUGCAGAUCUCCUUUCCGGCGCACUACCCGUCUAAAGAGCCUCCUAACGUUAUCGACGUUAGUGUCUGCACUUCGUUGGCUAAGCGCGACCUCUACGACACCAAGUACCUGCAGCAUCUGUUCCAGGAAGUGAUGGAUUCUGUUUUCCACCGCGGGUCUGUUUGUCUAUUCGACUUCCUCACAGAACUCGACGGUGUCCUGUAUGUCGAGCCAGAGGAGGAGACGGAACCCGUCCAGCAAAGUGACAUCCCCACAGAUCCCUUCGAGGGCUGGACUGCGUCGGACCCCAUUACUGAUAGAGGUUCGACUUUCAUGGCCUUUGCAGCACACGUUACUUCCGAGGAACAAGCGUUUGCCAUGCUAGACUUGCUAAAGACUGACUCCAAGAUGCGCAAGGCAAAUCACGUCAUGAGCGCGUGGCGAAUCAAGCAGGAUGGCUCUGCAGCAACAUAUCAAGAUUCUGAUGACGACGGUGAAACCGCCGCCGGUUCCAGAAUGCUCCACCUCAUCACCAUCAUGGAUGUGUGGAACGUCAUCGUUGUGGUGGCACGUUGGUUCGGUGGCGCCCACAUAGGACCUGACCGGUUUAAACACAUCAAUUCCACUGCAAGAGAAGCAGUCGUCAGGGCCGGCUUCGGUAAGUAA